CAUUGAAUUAUUAUUAUUACUAUUAUUUAUUGCAACGAAGUUUUUUGAACAAUUUACAUUUACAUUUGCCUAUAAUGACGGAGUGAUACAUGUAUUAUAUGGAUAAACAUAUAUAUGCGCAUACAUGAUUGAAAAUAAUUUUAAUUAGUUACAUUUGUAUACAAUAAGUGUUCUUUUUAUGUUAACGACAAUGUCUACAAGCAAUACAAACAACAUAAUCGAGAAAGAAAUCGACGAUGAGGAUAUGCUCUCGCCCAUUAAGUCGUCCAACAAUCUGGUUGUGCGCGUAAAUCAAGAUACAGAUGAUAAUUUGCAGGCCUUAUUCGAUAGCGUGUUGAAUCCCGGAGAUGCAAAACGCCCCUUACAGCUCCCCUUUCGCAUGCGGAAGCUUCCCAAUUCCUUUUUCACGCCCCCAGCCCCCUCGCACUCGCGAGCAAACAGUGCGGACUCCACAUACGAUGCAGGCUCCCAAACCAAUAUUAACAAAACUGCGCAGCCCGUGGACGUGCAGCAGCCAGCCAUCUCACAGAUCCAGCCAUCACAACAAAGCCGCCUGGCGAUACAUCACUUUCGCGCUCGCAGCAGCCCAGCCUCAUUGCAGCAGAACUACAACGUGCGCUCCAGGAGCGAGGCCAAUCCGGGAACCAGCAGCCAAGGUCCUUCGUAUCCCGAGAACAGUGCCGAGUUUCCGAACAGUGCUGCCAACAAUAUUGAGCUAGAUGGCAUGAAUACCUGCAUGGGGGGCCAGGACAUGCCCAUGUCCACGCAAACAGUGCAUAAAAAGCAGCGUUCUUACGAUGUGGUAAGCCCCAUCCAGUUGCAAAGCCAACUGGGAGCAUUGCCACCAGGUUGGGAGCAGGCAAAAACUAAUGAUGGCCAGAUUUAUUACUUGAAUCAUACAACAAAAUCGACGCAAUGGGAAGAUCCAAGAAUUCAAUAUCGCCAACAGCAGCAACGACUAAUGGCUGAAAGAAUCAAGCAAAGCGAUGUUUUGCAAACUACAAAACAAACUACCACAUCGACUAUUGCUAACAGCUUGGGUCCACUGCCGGAUGGUUGGGAACAGGCAGUUACUGAGUCCGGAGAUAUAUAUUUUAUAAAUCACAUUGAUCGAACGACUUCAUGGAUUGAUCCCAGAAUGCAAUCUGGACUUACUGGGCUUGACUGCCCAGAUAACUUAGUGUCAUCCCUACAGAUUGAAGAUAAUAUAUGCACUAAUUUGUUCAACGACGCACAGACCAUUGUGAAUCCGCCGUCUUCCCACAAACCAGACGAUUUGGAAUGGUAUAAAAUAAACUAAUUCACAUGUAUACAAACUGUAUUAGACCUAAAAGUUUUAUAUUUUGUAUUAUUCUAAAUUAAAUAUUUUUCAAAUUUUA